GAGGAGACCAAGCCCAUCAUCAGCCCUGAUGACCCCAGAAGCCCCACCCCUCUCAGGGAAGCUCAGCGCAGUAAGGACCCAACAGUUGCGGAGAGCUCACCCUCAAUGGUGCAGAUGGUCGGAGGUCCUAAGGGUGUGAAUGUGCCGAAGGAUGGAGCACCUGAGGGUGUGAGUGCACAGAAGGAUGGAGCACCUGAGGGUGUGAGUGUGCGGAAGGACGGAACACCUGAGGGUGUGAAUGCACAGAAGGACAAAGGACCUGAGGGUGUGAGUGCGAGUGGGAUGCCGGCUGUCGAAGAACUGGAGCAAGCGAUAGAGGAGAUUGAAGAAGAGCUUGGCCUGGACUUGGAUGGGGUCAACAUCGAUGACUUUGAUAUGGACGAUUUUGAUGAAGAGGAACUCUUGAAAGACUGAAUGAACCACACCUGGAUUAGAAAGAAACUUUCUGCAGCUACCAUCCCAACAUCCCAGUUUAUAUUCCACUCACGUUAGAGUGAAAAAGAAGGAGAGAGAUGAUAAAUGACACGGAUUGAAGAAAUAAAAUAGCAGAUAUUGAUGAAUGAGAGAAAGUGCAAGAAAGGAAAGCGAUGGUGAGGGUGAGAGUGAGAGUGAAAUACGUUGUAUUCAUUUUAUAUAAGAUCGAGUGACUGAGAUGUGAUACUACGGAAGCUCUUUCUCUGCAUAUUCAGCUGCAAAAGGCCAAGCCAUAUAUAAGUUUUGGGAAGAGAACAAAACUCGCGGACAGACGACAUGGAAUAAUGUCAAGAAGCUCGCCCAAGAUAGGGAAAAGUGGAAAGUGUUUGUCGGUGGCUGGUACUGGUGGAAAAUCUACAUUGAUCUACGAUAAAAGAGGCAAUGAUGAUGAUGAUAAUUGUUAUUUUUAACAAAGUAUUUUGUAAGUGGACUCCAUUUUUACUGACAGACCUCAAAUGUUUAAGCUUUUUUUAACACAUACGGGAUAUAUCUGUCUCCCCCGGUCAAUAUCAGUCGUAGGACGCAGUGUGUUAUUAUCAGCAUACGCGAGGCUCGAAAGGCAAAAAAGUGACUUUCCAUGAAAUUUUUGUUUUUCGGAUCAAUUGAAAGUUUGUUGUCUUCUGCUUUAUUUAACUUUAAGAUAAAAAUAAACGACUAUAAUCGACUAUAAAUUUCAAGUCUCUAUCUCAAUUCUAAGACCUCCAUUGCUAUGGAAACAUGUUGCUCAACUUCAGAGGCCAUUUUCUCUUUUUCGUGUUUUCUCACCUCACACAAUUAAAAGCUCUGUAUUUUCGUCAAAUAAGGUCAUAUUUACUUCAUUUUUGUUUUAAAUUGUAGGGAAAAGGUGAUAGUUUUUUAAAAUAAUGUUAACUCAUUUUGGAAAUUUCCUUCAUAUGACUGAUAUUGACCGGCAGGGACACUUAUUAUAAACAUCCCCUUUAAUUCUGCACAGACGGUACACUUGUGAGCUAAACUAUGAGACCUGUGUAGGUAAUAUCCUAUAGUGUGCAAGAAAGGAGUAUCUAACUACAUUACUUUCGUUACCUGUUCUGUCCUCUUAAAAUUGACAGUUUAUUUAAAUUGCAAAAUAAGUUGUUUGGUAACAAGAUAAUGAGGACAGGAAUCGGCAAAGACAUACUCCUUGUUAUUUUAUGCAUUUAUUUUUUGACAAUGUUGUCUGGGCAUACGAGCAUGUGGUUGGAGGGUGCCACUGGUAGGUCCUACUUCUUCACUUUCCCUCUGUUGUUUCUGUCUGUCUGUCUGUCUGUCUUACUUUUUCUCAGCACUAAACAACCAUUACUGUGUCGAUGUGCUUCUCUUUACAAACAAACAAACAAACAAACAAACAAGUGGGCAAGCUGUACGGUGGCAUCAUGUAGUGAUAUACUACCUUUUAGACGCUUUUUCUUUUUGCAGACAAUACUUUAGACAUAAGCCUUAGGGAAGAAGUGAGAGAGAGAGAGAGAGAGAGAGAGAGAGAGA